AUGCUCAUCACCCGCGGCUUCUCCUUAACAAACUUCGUCAUCGCCAGCUCGGCCCUCUGCUUCCAAGUCUGCGUCCUCUACCCCUGGCACGAAAAGCUCGAAGACGACUUCAAGGAACUCAAGAAAGAACACCUCCGUCUGCUCCAAGAGAAUGAGGAGAAUCGCGUGAGAGAGCUGCAGAGCAUCAAGGACCACCUGGGACUCCUCCACCAGAAGGUCCAGUAA